UAGACAUAACCAUGCUGACAGGAAGAAGACAAUGGAUAAACAGACCAAUGUGACACAGUUCCUCUUGGUUGGGUUUGCCUUCUCACCUGAAAUGCAGUUUUUUCUCUUUGUGGUCUUCUUUUGUAUUUACUUACUGACUGUGACAGCAAAUGUUGCCAUCAUUAGUUUGGUCCGUGUGGAUACCAGACUUCAUACUCCAAUGUAUUUCUUCCUUAGCCAACUCUCUUUUCUGGAGAUAUGGUACACAUCAUCCAUUGUUCCCGGACUGUUGGCUAAUUUGGCAGGAUGGAAGUAUGUUUCUUUUUUUAGAUGCAUCACACAAACAUAUUUCUAUUUUUCUUUGGGUUCAGCUGAAUUCUUUCUCCUUGGAGUAAUGGCCAUUGACCGUUAUUUGGCUAUAUGCAAUCCACUACGUUAUCCCUCCAUCAUGAAUAGUAAAGUAUGCAUACAGGCAACUUCCACCUGCUGGUUAAUAGGAUUUCUCUCUGUAUUUUUUCUUAUUCUUUUGAUAUCAAGACUGACAUUUUGCCAACCUGCUAUAAUUAACCAUUUCUUCUGUGACCUCCCACCUCUUCUUAGGUUGUCUUGCCAAGAGACUUUUCUAGAGGAGAUUAUUGUUUUCUUCUUUGCUUGCAGUAUCAUUCUCACUUCUUUCCUUCUUACUGUUGUGUCCUACGUGCUCAUCAUUUCCACCGUCUCUAAGAUCCCAUCUACCAAAGGCAGGCAAAAGGCCUUUUCUACCUGUGCUUCUCACUUCACAGUGGUAACUAUUCUUUAUGGAACUGUCAUAUUUAUUUACGUAAGGCCUAAUGUGUCAUACCCAAUAGAUGUAAAUAAGUUCUUGGGUGUCUUCAACACCGUGGUGACCCCCCUGCUGAACCCUAUAAUUUACUGUCUGCGUAACAAGGAGGUGAAAGACGCUCUGAGGAAAGUGAUGAAUCCAAAGUCAUCAUUAAGGAAUGGAAUUCACUCUGAUUCUAAGUGA